CCCAAUAAUCAAUAUGGGGGAUCAUCGUAUUUUACUGUUUCCAAUUGGGUUUUAAUACUAACAACGCAAAAUCCCAGCUCACAAAUCUCUCAUUCUCUCUCUUUCCGUUACAUUUGUAUCCUCUCUCUCUCUCUCUCUCUCAAUCUGACAAAAACCAGAGUGUAAGUUUUCAUACAUGAAGAAGAGCGCAGACAACAUGAAUCUCCCUUGACUUACUUCCUCAAAAUCCCCGAAAAAUCUGACAAAAAAAUUCGGGGGUUUGUAUUUGCCGAGUUCUUGAAAAUGGGCGUUUUGAAUUUCCACCACCUUUUCCUGGUGGUGGUCCUCCUCCCCUUGGCGACGCCGGACAUCGCUUCCGAUAGAGCCGCUCUACUAGCCCUCCGCAGCGCCGUGGGCGGCCGCGUCCUCUUGUGGAACCUCUCGAGCGCCAGCCCCUGCUCGUGGGCCGGCGUCAUCUGCUCGCCAGAUAACUCCUCCGUUGUGGAGCUCCGCCUCCCCGGAAUGGGGCUCUCCGGCCAGCUGCCGCCCAACACCAUCUCCAAUCUCACCAAUCUGCAAACGCUCAGCCUCCGUUUCAACUCCCUCUCCGGCCCGCUCCCGGCGAACAUGUUUUCCUCUCUCAAUUCUCUGCGCAAUAUCUAUAUGCAGAACAACUUGUUCAUCGGCGGAGUUCCCGAUUCUCUCUUCUCCGUGAAAUCGCUCGUGCGCCUCAAUCUGGCGCAUAAUAAUUUCUCCGGCCCAAUUUCGGCGUCCUUCAACAAGUUGACCCGUUUGGGAACGCUGUAUUUGCAGAACAACCAUUUCUCCGGCUCUCUUCCCGACUUAAACUUGCCCGCUUUAAUACAAUUCGAUGUUUCCAAUAACAAUCUCACGGGCCCCAUUCCCAGCGGCCUCGCUGGAAAACCCAAAUCCUCAUUCGCCGGGAACUCUCUCUGCGGCCCCCCGCUCGAUUCCUGCGCCGUCGACAAACCCAAGAAAAAGCUCUCCGCCGGCGCCAUUGCCGGCAUCGUAAUCGGCUCCGUCAUCGGCUUCUUUUUGAUUUUAUUGCUGAUUUUGUAUUUGUAUAGAAUGGUAAGUGGAAAAGGGGCGGAUCGUAAAGGGAAAGAAGUCGAAAUCCAGGAGGCGGAGAUUGGCGGGUGGAGAAAGGGGAGGGAUAAGGGAUUAGUCUUCUUCGGAAACACAGGGUGGGAUUUUGAUGUGGAGGAAUUGCUGAGGGCCUCUGCGGAGGUUUUGGGGAAGGGCACGUUUGGGACGGCGUACAAGGCGGUGCUGGAGACGGGUCUGGCGGUGGCGGUGAAGAGGCUGAGAGACGUGAAGAUGGGGGAGAAGGAGUUGACGGAGAAGAUGGAAGAGAUUGGGAGAAUGGAUCAUCCCAAUCUCGUCCCCCUCAGGGCUUAUUACUACAAUCGGGAAGAGAAGCUCCUCGUCUACGAUUUCUUGCCCAUGGGGAGCCUGUCUGCUCUCUUACAUGGCAACAAGGAAGGUGGGAGGGCGGCGUUGAAUUGGGAAACUCGGGUAGCAAUCGCGCUGGGCGCUGCGCAAGGGAUCUCGCACAUUCACUCGCAGGGCUCAUCCACCUCUCACGGCAACAUCAAGUCAUCCAACAUCCUCCUCACAAACUCAUACGAGGCCCGCGUCUCCGACUUCGGGCUUGCUCAGCUUGGCAGUAGCGCCACUCCGAGCCACCGGGUGGCUGGGUACCGCGCGCCGGAGGUGAUUGAUCCUCACAAAGUGUCGCACAAGGCAGAUGUUUACAGCUUCGGAGUGUUGGUGUUGGAGUUGGUGACGGGGAAGGCGCCGAACGAGGACGGCGUUGAUCUGCCUCGGUGGGUGCAGUCGGUGCUCAAACAGGACUGGACGUCCAAAGUGUUCGACGUGCAGCUGCUUAGGUAUGGGAAUGUGGAGGAGGAAAUGGUUCAGCUGCUGCAGCUUGGGCUUGACUGCACCGCUCCCUAUCCGGAUAACCGUCCCUCCAUGCCCGACAUCACGGCCAAGAUGCACCUGCUCAAUACGCACCAUCCCACUCAUAUUGCUCACCACGAGUAAAACUCUGCUCCACUCAUAUAUGCAAACUUCCAUUCUUUCUUUCUUUAUUUAUGAAUUCUUCACAUUUUUUUUCCUUUCCUUUUCACCUAUUGCUGCUUCUUAUAGUCUAUAUACAUACGUCUCUCCUGAUUGCCUUGUAACCUACAGUAUUUGAUUUCUUCUGGGAUUCAGAAUCGUGAGUUUAUUUAUAUCUAAUUCACAAACUUUUAAUU